CCAGAUCUCUUCCGGCAUUGAUGUGCAAGCCUCUCUGAACUGUAGCUACUGUUUGUCAUCUAAGAUUUCUUACAUUAUAACAAUUGUUUUAAUUCGAUAUUGAAAUACGUAUAUGUUGAGUGUUCGGUUGAUGAGCUUAUAGGACUUAACAUAGUCGUACCAUCGUAAAAACGCUGCUGUUUACAUUUCCUAGCUUGCCAGUUAGUUAAACCUAAACUCGUGACGAGUAUGGCUGCGGUGGACAGCUUUGACCUUUUGUACAGAGAAAUUGCGCGGUCCUGCAAUUGUUAUGUAGAGGCGCUAGCUCUGGUCGGUGCAUUGUACACAGCCAGAAAAGCAGCCAUUGUAUCUCGGGACUGUUAUAGGCUGCUUAGGCUUCAUUUCAUACCUCGACUAUUCAAUAACAGAGACCUUGUGCGGUCAUAUGGAGAAUGGGCUGUCAUUUAUGGAUCAUCAGAGACCGUGGCAAUAGCAUAUGCCGAGGAGCUGGCCAGGCAUGGCAUCAACAUCAUUCUGAUCAGCCCUGACAUCAGAACUCUUUCCAGCACAGCCAAGGGCCUCUCUGAGGUCUAUGGUGUGGAGGCCAUCUUGGUUGAGGCAGAUUUCUGCCAUGGUCAGUCGGUCUGUAAACCUAUCCAAGACGCCAUUAGGGACAAGGAGGUAGGCUUUGUGGUGAACAGCCUAGACACCUCUCUGGACCUCCGUCAGAGCUUCACUGACCUGUCAGAGGGAAGGCUAUGGGACAUGCUGAACAGGAGCAUCACGGCAGCCAGCCUGGUGACACGCCUGACCCUGCCUGGGAUGGUGAAAAGGAGGAGAGGGGCGGUGGUGAACAUCUCUUCGGGGGCCUGCAUCCGACCCAUCCCCGACAAGACCACUCUCGCAGCAUCCACGGCUUACUUGGACCACUUCAGCCGUGCACUACAUUAUGAGUAUGGCCACCAGGGCAUCUUUGUGCAGAGCUUGGUCCCUUGUCGCGUGGCCUCGCAGGGGCCCGAUGAGGGGGGUCGGGUGGUGACGAGCAGCUGGCUAGUUCCUUCAGCUCAGGUCUACGCCCGGCAUGCGGUGUCUACCCUGGGCAUCACCCACCGAACCACAGGCUACUGGCCACACUCGGUCCAGCUUGGACUGGCCCAUUGGAUGCCUGAGUGGAUGUGGAUGUUGGGGUCCCGUAUGCUGGCUACCGCAGCCUGACAGACAUUUCCACCCAUCCUCUGAUGACCUUUCAUGAUUCUCCUUAUUGUGCUGCACUGAACCAUUAGGUAUAAACCUCCCUCAAGUUUAAGAACACAUUUGAGAGCUGAGUCAAAUGGAGUCUGGUGAAGAAAUAUCUCCAUAAAGGAGAAGCUAAAACAUUAAUUUUGUUCAUCAUGCAUCCUUCCAUAGAGGUUGUUGUGACUCAUUAUAUCUAUUUUUAAACCCACUAUGAUUCAUGUCUUAAGGAUGCGUUAGUAUGCAGUGUUCAUUUACAGCGGCACUACAACAAUUAUUUUCUCUCAUGCAAAAAAUAUACACAAAAUACAUUUGGCAUCAGAGACCAUUCCUUGGAGGUAACGUGUUUAUUUCUCCUGUAGACGUGGUUUGUGGGAAUUGAUUGAACGAUUUAAGGAAGAGUGUUUUACUCUUUAGAUGACUAAAUCGUUUCAAAGAAUGAUCAAGUGGAUUUUCUUUGGAUUGACUGUGGUUUCUUUGAGAAACCGUACUAUUGAAGUUGGUUUGACUUGAAUCAUCUACAUAGAUUCAGUUGUGUUAUAAACAACUAUGGAACUACUGGAAACAGACUUGUGUUGACUUCACAUGAAUAGAAAUAGCAGUGCCAUAAAAAUGAAUAACAAUUCUAUAUUUAUAGCGGUAUGGUGUGAUAAUGUGAUACCAGUGAUAAUCUCAUAUACAGGCUCUGAUUUGUGUAUUGCUAAAUGCAAUAGAUCUCUAGCAGACUGGUUGGAAGGUAAAUCUAUCUUUACUGUGCUUCUGUCAUGAGUAUUUGGAGAAUUUCAAUAAAAAAGUUUGAUGCUUCA